AUGGCAUCAGAAGACGGCGAUACCUUGCCAACUUCUGAAGCAAGUAUGCCAGGAAAGACUUCCCGUCAGGAAAAAGGACCCUCGGAUGACCAGCCUAGCGACUCUCAUGAUGAAUUACCUACAGACACUGCAAAUGAAGAACUAGCAGGCGCUGAUGAGUCCGAGUACAUCGACACGGACGACGAAGAUGACCGUUAUGGCUUAGUCGUUCAUCCUUCGAAGCCUCGAAAAAUCUCAGAAAAGAAGCUUCGCGACCAUGCUGCUUUGCAGGCAUACAUACAAAAGACCCAGAAUGAAGUCGCAAAGAGCACCGUUUCCACGUUCAGUGACCCUGACAAGCAGUCACUUGCUCAACUCAUCCACUUGAGCGAAAGUCGCAAGAUCAUUGCAACCCCCCGAGAAUAUCAGCUUGAGCUUUUCGAGCGGGCCAAAGAGAAAAAUAUUAUCGUGGUUCUACCUACAGGUUCCGGCAAAACACUCAUCUCUGCUUUACUACUCAGACACCAUCUCGAUCAAGAAAUGGAAUUUAGAGCUCUGGGAAAUCCUAAGAAGGUGGCGUUCUUUUUGGUGGAAAAGGUCGCCCUCUGUGUUCAACAACAUACUGUCCUCAGCUGCAACCUUGGAGACUACCCAGUUGCACAGUUCAUUGGCGACACAACCGGCUUGGUAAAGACCAAGGAGUAUUGGGACGCCCAGUUCAGUGAUAACAUGGUUAUUGUCUGUACUGCCCAGAUACUUCUCGAUUGUCUAAACAAUGGUUUUAUCACUAUGUCACAGAUCAACCUUCUCGUCUUUGACGAAGCACACCACGCCAAGAAGGAGCACCCAUACGCUCGUAUAAUGCGACUACACUACUAUUGCCACAAAGGCGAGCGACCUCGAAUUUUGGGCAUGACUGCUUCGCCUGUAGACUCCCACACCAUAGACGUUAGAGUGACGGCCCUCGAGUUGGAACGAGCCUUGGAUUGUGAGAUCGCGACGAUUUCCGACGAGGUUCUUGCGGAGUCGAUGGCUCGCCAGAGACAAGUGGAAGAGACAGUCGAAUAUAAAACCCUUGAAUCACCUGAAGAUACCAAGACACCACUGUGGGACUCUAUCCUCAAACAGAUAUCUCGAAAUGAGCUGUUCAAGGCAUCGCUUGACUUUACCAAGGAAUGCUCCUCAGUCCUUGGACCUUGGUGUGCAGAUAGGUAUUGGCAGCUUUCAAUUACUGAAGUUGAAAUAGAACGACUUGAGAACAGAACAGGCGACACCUUCUAUGGAGACAAAACCGUCACCAGAUCAGACAAAGCAACAGAGGCAGUCAGACGCGUUAGGGAGAUCGUCGAGGACCAUCAAUUUGGAACAAUUGGGCCCGGAUCUAAUGGACUGUCUUCCAAAGUGAAGAGUUUGCAUGAAAUCUUACUCCACGCCUUCACCAUAGAUGACACAAAACGCUGCAUCGUGUUUGUGGAGAAGAGGUCUGUGGCUUCUCUGCUCUCUGAUCUUUAUAACCAGACCUCCAUGAGGAUUCCGGGAAUGAACGCAUCAUACAUGGUUGGAGGGCAAUCUGGCAGAUUGGCCUUUGGCAGAAUGUCCUUUCGAGAUCAAGUCUUGAUCCUCCAAAAGUUCAAGCAAGGCGACAUCAACUGCCUCUUCGCAACACAAGUCGCAGAAGAGGGUAUUGACGUCCCAGACUGCGAUUUAAUCAUUCGUUUUGACCUUUACAAAUCCGUCAUCCAGUAUGUGCAGUCCAAAGGGCGUGCCAGACAGGCACAUUCGCGCUACAUUACUAUGCUAGAAAAAGACAACAUGAGAGAUCUUCGCAGUCUGAGGCAAGCGACGAGAGAUGCAAUGGCACUCCGAAAAUUCUGCCAGGCUCUACCUCCUGACAGGAAAUUACAAGAUGAUUCAUUUGAUGAGAUGCUGGAGAUUCAGAACGAACUGAUACAACAGCAAGUGUAUGAGAUACCUUCAACUGGAGCACGUCUUACCUUUGCCUCGAGUCUUGAGAUCCUCACUCGGUUUGCUUCCCGACUUGAAGAUUGCGACAAGGUCGAAUACCAUGUUCAGAGAACGGGAACUAGGUAUCAAGCUGACGUAUCUCUGCCUUUAAGUUCCCCGGUCAACUUUGAGACAGGCCGACCACAGCGUAGCAAAUUGUUAGCCAAGUGUUCUGCAGCUUUCGAAGCUUGCAAGAAAUUGAUAAAAGGCAAAUACCUCGACGGAAAUCUGCAGCCUAUUUUCACGAAGAAAGUUCAUCACAUGCGCAACGCUCGUCUGGCUAUUAGCUCCAACAAGAAAUCCGAAUACAACAUGCGUUUGAGGCCUGAUAUCUGGGCCGAGCGAGGAGAGUGGACAGAAUUCUUUGCAAUUACGAUGACUCUUGAUAGUACGAGUGCACUUUCAGAGAACCUGACAGAGUGUUCAAUAAUUCUCCUGUCGCGCAAGCAACUACCUGACUUGCCCCAGAUUCCUCUUUUCUUCGGCAACGAACGUUCUUCUAUUGCCCGAUUGACAUCCUCCAAGGAUUCCUUCCAGGUGACCCCUGAAGAAGUCGAUGGAUUAGCCAAAUUUACCCUAAGAGUCUUUGCCGACGUCUUCAGCAAAGAAUAUGAGGCAACAUGCGACCAGUUUCUAUAUUUACUCGCUCCCGUCAGCCCAGAGAGCAGCGGUUCAGCCGAAACUCGGUCGCAUAUCGAUUGGGAUACUGUUGAUCUUGUCAAGAAACACGAGACACUUGACUGGGAAAACGCCCCAGAAGAAUUCUUUACAGACAAGCUGGUGACUGAUCCGUAUGACGGAGGACGCAAGCUUAUCAUAAAGGGUAUAGACAAGACGAAGAAGCCCUCCGAUCCUACACCCGAAGGGGUACCUGAGUCAAGAAGUCGAGCUUACAGGACGGUCGAGCCAACCAUCAAGGAGUACAGUAACAGUCUGUAUCAAAAGUCACGUUUGAGGGUACAAUGGCGAGAGGAUCAGCCCGUGGUAAAAGCCGAGUUGCUACCCCUGAGAAGAAAUUUGCUGGAUGAGUUUCAAGUCGAUGAGGAGAUCAGCAAGAAUUGCUUCAUCAUUCUAGAGCCUCUCAAGGUUUCACCUUUACCCAUCGGUGUUGUGUACAUGGCCUUGACCUUUCCCGCAAUUAUCCAUAGGAUCGACUCUGCCUUAGUCACUCUCGAUGCGUGUGAUCUUCUUGGCAUAUGUCUUUCACCAGAACUAGCGCUAGAAGCAAUGACCAAAGACAGCGACAACACCGACGAGCAUGGCAAGCAGCAGAUCAAUUUCCAAGCUGGCAUGGGCCGGAACUAUGAGCGAUUAGAGUUCCUUGGAGAUUGUUUUCUCAAGAUGGCCACCACGAUCUCAAUUUACACAGUCCAGCCUAAAGGCGACGAGUGUCACUACCACGUUGAACGCAUGAUCCUCAUCACUAAUCAGACGCUUUUCAACAAUGCUGUCGAUUGCAAGCUUCAAGAGUACAUACGGUCUAAAUCUUUCGACAGACGUACUUGGUAUCCCGACCUGCCACUCAAGAAAGGAAAAGCGCCUAAAACGACAGUACAACACAGCCUGGCUGACAAGACCAUUGCUGAUGUUUGUGAAGCGCUGAUUGGAGCUUCUUAUCUCAUGGGCCAGGAGGACAGCAUGGAUCUGGCUGUUCGAGCUGUGACUCGUAUGGUUAAGUCCAAGAACCACAAGAUGGAGGUCUUUGCCGAUUAUUUUGCCUCGCACAAUGCUCCAGCAUGGCAAAUAGCUGAUGCCAACCGGAAGCAACGCGAUCUCGCACAGAAGAUAGCAGAUAUCACGGGCUAUGUAUUCAAGCAUCCACCGCUGGUUCAGAGUGCAUUUAAGCACCCAUCUAUCCAAGGAGGGGGAAUACCAAACUAUCAGCGCCUUGAGUUCCUGGGCGACUCCCUCCUCGAUAUGGCUAUCGUUGACUAUCUGUAUCGAAACUUCCCACGGGCAGAUCCCCAGUGGCUGUCAGAACACAAGCAGGCCAUGGCCUCCAACCAAUUCCUCGGCUGCCUCUGCAUCAAGCUUGGUCUUUAUAAAAGCCUCCAAACGGGAAAUCAGUUUGACCGGAAUAUUUCCUCUUAUGUGUCCGAAUUGGCAGUAGCUGAGGAGGAGUCUCGUGAGGAGGCAGAGGCAGAAGGUGUUCCCAUGCGCAUGGACUCUUGGGUCAGAGUUACAACACCGCCCAAGAUCUAUGCUGAUUCAAUUGAGGCUCUCGUGGGGGCCAUGUUCGUGGACUCGGAGUACGACUAUACUGUAGUCAAGACGUUCUUCACCAAGUUUAUCAAGCCGUACUUCGAGGACAUGACUCUUUAUGACACGUUUGCGAAUAAACAUCCUGUCACCUUCCUUUACAAAAAGAUGCAAAAGGAGAUUGAAUGUGUAAACUGGCGCAUGAGUUCGGAAGCGGUGCCUUGCAAGGCUGAAUUGGGUAUGUAUGCUUUGAAGGAGAAUGAUAUAGUGGCUGUUGUUAUGGUUCACCAAAAGGUCAUUACGAGCCACACAUCAAAGAGUGGACGAUAUGGGAAGAUGCAUGCUGCAAAGCUGGCGCUCGAGGUGCUCAAAAAGUUCGGGGAUGAUUACGCCGCUGCGAAAAGGUUCCUGGGAUGCGAUUGCGAAGUUGGGGCCGAGGGUCUUGUUGAGAUUGAUCAUGGAACAGCUAUUUGA